GCGAUACUUUUGCUUUGAAAGGUUGAUCCCGUGUGGAGUAGUGUACACCUACAGGCGUAACAUUUCUACAAGGACAGUUCAAGCCUCUUAAGCCUUACCAGUGUGACACUACUGUCAAAAAGGUAAGUUGUUUGUUGACUUCACUCAAAAACUAAUUAUCUUUCAAUGUUUUAUAAACGUAACAUAGUUAAGGUUUGGUUAAGAUUAGCCGGGUUGCUUUAAACAAGCUGCCAUGCUAUCAUGCUAAUGGAGAUUUGCUAACAGCUAAUGCUAAUUCGAAGAGUGCUGGGGGAUGGGUCUGGCACUGAGUUAUGAUGACGGCCUGUGGUUUAAUCCUUAAUAUGCCAUUAGUUAGGUUGACAAAGUUUAGUUGAAUGGCCACUAUACAGUCGGAGAAAACCAGACGAUUCUGUUAUCUAGUUUCUUGGCUUGCGUGUCCCUGGCAUUAGGCAGUGUUAGCGACAGUUUUCAGAGUAUAUAUCUUCAUUUUGUCCAGCCUCUGAAAGUACAGAAUCCUCUUAUGGUUUCUGCCCUACAUUUAUUCACCUUAACGCAUAGUAACUUUGCUCUUUUGAGGGGUGUCAAACACUUAUUGAGUAGACGAUAUGAAAUGUUUCCCAACACUGGCAAGCAUUACUUCCUUAUUUUCGACUUGGAUAGUCUCGGCCCUGAGGUUUUAUUUUCUUUCUUGGACAGUUUUAAAAAAUCUCAAUGUGUGUGGAGAAAGGGCUCACUUGGUUAUUAUAGGACUGAGAAGUUUAACCUGGACCAGGUUAAUCAGAUGAUUAGUAAAGGCUCAAAAUUUAACCUAUAUAUUUCUCAAUAAACUUUGUUACACAGACUAUCCCUUUAGCCUCCAGUGCAGUCACUUCUGUUUAUGAUCAUCUUUCACUGUUACCCCAUGCUUAUUUGUUUCCUGUCCAGUUAGUUUCAUCUUUAUCUCUGUUUUUCCCACACGGUUGCAGGUCCCACCAUGCGGGGAACAUAUCUCCUCCUGAUCCCUGCUCUGUUGCUCCUCCUGGCCUUUCCCGUCUCCAGGGGACGCUACAAUGACGAUUUUGAUGAUGGUGAGGACCCUGCAGACUUUGAUGAUAAUGACUUUGCAGAGUUUGAGGACAUGAACGACGAUCCAGUAGCCGAGACAGAAACUGCUCCUCCACCUCGUGCCUCACAGGCCUCGCAGCAUGAAGAAGAUGAGGAUGACGAUGAAGCUACAGUGGAGCAAGAGGAUGGCCAGGAUGGUUUUGAUGACUCAGAGACACAGGUGGAGUAUAUUUUCUAAAUCAUGGUUGUAUUCUAUUAAUUUGUCAAUGUGAUUUCUCUCAAAGCUAAUUCAGCCCCUUUAUUCUAGGAUCAAGAUAUGUACCCUAAAUAUGACCAGGAGGAGUUUGAGGGAAUGGACAUGGAGAAGACGGGCCACUCCAUGAAGGACCCCCUCAUAAUCCACACGGUAAGAUGGGCUUAUCACUGAAAUCUCCUCCCAUACCAUCAUCUGCUGAUAGUUAGCUGCUCUGGCUCUGAAUGUGCACCCACUGUCCAUUGCUUGUAAAUGAUGUUUACCCUAAAAGCUUUUGAGUAUCAGUUAAGCUUCUCUAUCAGGUCCAACAACAUUGUAUCUGUGUUUUCUUUCAACAAAAAUGAAAAAAACUAAACAAAACAUUUUUUCAAAUGCAACUACAAGAAAUAUAAAUAAAAGCAGUUUACAUACAUACAGAUAACUCUACUGUUUGAUGUUAGUAGCAGCUAGACUGGUUCAGCAUUGUCCUAGCUUUAGUACUGAUGACAACUUUUUGUUUGUCUGCAGGUUCCUGCACAUCUGCAGAACAGCUGGGAGAGUUACUACAUGGAGAUCCUGAUGGUGACAGGCCUGUUGGCCUACAUCAUGAACUACAUAAUCGGCAAGAAUAAGAACAGUCGCCUAGCUCAGGCAUGGUUCAACUCUCACAGAGAACUUCUGGAGAGCAACUUUGCACUUGUGGGUGAGUUCAGUCAUAAGAAACAGCUCAGUUCUUCCCUGUGGUUAUGGCCAGUGUGAAGCAAAUCUCAUGUUUAAAGCCAUCAUUUUGUAUUUCUAGGUGAUGAUGGCACCAGUAAAGAGGCAGUGAGUACAGGGAAGCUAAACCAGGAGAAUGAACACAUCUACAACCUGUGGUGCUCUGGACGUGUGUGCUGCGAAGGGAUGCUGAUCCAACUUAAGGUAGCAUCUGAAUUUCACUGUAGGUGUGUGUUGAAAUCAUUAAUAGAAAUGCACGUUUGCAAAACAAUCUUGAUUGUCUGUUUCAGUUUUUAAAGAGGCAGGACCUGCUCAAUGUUCUGGCCAGGAUGAUGAGGCCAGCCUGCGAUCAAGUGGUAUGUAGCAGCCAGAUAAAUACUUGGUACACUUGACUGUGGUUUUUAAAGUCGUCCCAUAGUCACAACCGUUUUCUCACUUUCAUCUUCUGUCUGGUUUAUUCAUGUUUUUUUUUUUUUUUUUUUUCAAGCAAAUCAAAGUAACUCUUAAUGAUGAGGAUAUGGACACUUUUGUGUUUGCUGUGGGCACCAAAAAGGCCAUGGCCAGGCUUCAGAAGGAGAUGCAGGACUUGGUAUGUAUCCUCCACAUCAUCUGUGCAUCAAAAUAAUCAUUCUGAGCUACAGGUUAAUAAAACAAUGAAUAAACUUCCAGACCUACGCUCAUUUUUUACUUCAAGCUCCGAGUAAUUUUGAUGUCUGUUAGCUCUUGUUUACACUUAAAAGUGUAGAUAUCACGAGUAAGAAAGGCUGUUUCUUUUAAAACCGAUACACAAGUAGAUUUAUACUUUGUCUUAAACAUGCAUGUACUCAACAUUUCUGUUUUUAUUUUCCCCAAAGAGUGAGUUCUGCGGUGACAAGCCUAAGUCAGGAGCCAAGUAUGGGCUCCCAGACUCCUUGGCUAUUCUUAGCGAGAUGGGCGAAGUCACAGAUGGGGUGAUGGACAACAAGGUAAAGUCUUAAUAUGCUCAGCUAUCACAACAUCCUGUUUUUUGUACAAACAUCCUCGUUUUGGAUCAUCUCCCUGACAUGUCUGAGUCCAUGUUCAAUAUUUGUAGAUGGUGCACUAUAUCACCAACCAUGCUGACAAGAUCGAGUCCAUCCAUUUCUCGGACCAAUUUUCUGGUCCAAAAGUUAUGCAAGAGUGAGUAUCUUUUUAAACAUGUAUUGUAGUAGAGCAACAUUGCGCUUUCCCUGUAUACAGCACUUAAAGUUCUUGUGUCGUUCAAUAGGGAGGGUCAGCCUUUAAAGCUGCCUGAGACCAAGAAGACGCUGCUGUUUACAUUUAAUGGUGAGAACUUUGCCGCUGUCUCUGUAUUCUUUCCGACUCAACAAUUUAAUUUUAUAAAUAAGUUUAAUGUACACUAAAUGUAUAUGUGUGUUUCUAUGUGUGUGUGUGUUUAGUGCCUGGCAUGGGCAACACCUCUCCCAAAGACAUGGACACUCUGCUUCCUCUCAUGAACAUGGUGAUCUACAGCAUUGACAAAGUCAAGAAACUCCGCCUCAACAGAGAGGUGAGCAAACUCUGAGUCCUGUGCUGCUUUGAAGGACCACUGUGGGGUUUUCUGUCUUGAUAUUAUGGGUCACAUUACAACUAUAACUGCAGCUCUCCAUCAAAGAUUUCCAUCAGUUUCAACGCUGUUCUGUUGGUGAACAAUGUCACUGUGAAGGAGGGAAAAACAAGCAGAAAAAGAGUUAGUUGUAUGAAUAAACAGUCCUAUUUCUGCUCAAAAAGGUGAUUGAAGUGAAUCCUGUAACACAAGUCAAGUAUUGCAUUUCUCUGACAUUCAAUGUGCCAAUCAUAACUUUUGUCUGGUCUCCUUUGUUGAAUAGUAUUUUACAUAUCCUCAAGAAGCCACUGGGUGUGACGUACCUCCUAAUUUUGUCUCAAAAAUAAAGCUUGGAGAUAUUUCUACACUGAUCUCAAGCCAAGUUUCCUGUUUCUCAUAAUCUGAUCUCAUAAUGCUCCCAAGCUUUAUCUGUAUUCUCCAGUUAAUUAAUUUUUCUUCAAGGGGUACAUUCUCUUGUAUCUUGUCACAUUUAUUUAUCUCCAGAGUUUGCUUUACUCAGGAGUAUCAAAGGUGAUAAUGGUCUACCAUCAAAGGUGAUAAUGGUCUACCUGCUGGAGCAUAAAAUCUACCUCACUGUAGGUGACUUACCGUAAAUGUUAAAACAGCCCCAGUAAAGUCAUAUCUGUCAGCCUAGAUGUGGAAAUUUCGAGAUAGGAAACAUUUAAAAUACUUGGGGCUUAUGUGAGGAACUGCUCUCACUCGACACAUCAGAAAGCUUUAGGCUUUACCCUUUUGAGUCCCUCACCUUGUCUGUACAUUUAGGGUAAGAUGAAAGCCGACAGAAACCGUGCUCGUGUGGAGGAGAACUUCCUGAAGCAGACUCAUGCUCAGCGUCAGGAGGCAGCCCAGACGAGACGUGAGGAAAAGAAGAGAGCCGAGAAGGAGAGGAUCAUGAAUGAGGAGGAUCCUGAAAGACAACGCCGUCUCGAGGUGAGUCAGAAAAGCCAUGUCAACCAACAGUUACACAUUUUGGGGCAGACAUGCCUCUUUCAUUGUUUGAGAUUAGUGCAAAAAAAAAAUGCACCAUUGAUGUUUUUGGCACAUUUAUAACUGGAGGCAGCAAGCAGGUGAUUUCAAGACAGAAACCCAACUGUCCAAAACCGCUAUGGCCUUCUUUCCACUUCUGAACUUAAUUGUCACUUCUUUUUUUUUUUUGCUCAGCCCACAUAGAAACCAUGAUGUAGAGAAAAUAACAACAGAUUUAAGGAUUUUUGUUCGCUGAACUCAGUACUUCCAUUAUACUUUGGGUUUUAAACACAUUUGACAAGGUGUCUGUUUUCCACUGAUUCAAGUCAUUAUGCAAAACUUCAUCAGCUGCCUACUACACUUUUUUUCAUUACUUUCCAAACAGGAGUAAAAUGUUUAUUUUUAACUUAAAAGUAUCAAAGUGAACCAGCAUGUUUUUCUUUAUUAUGACUGGGAGAUAAUAAUGAGUAAUAAAUGUAAUACGUUCGUAUUUUUUUACUGCUGCAAGUGAUUAUUUUUAAUGUUUUUAUGCAUGUUUUUAUUUAUUUUUUUCUGUUCAGGAAGCAGCACAGCGCCGCGAGCAAAAGAAGAUUGAGAAGAAGCAGAUGAAGAUGAAGCAGAUCAAAGUGAAAGCCAUGUGAAAGAUCACCACAGGAACCAUGAUAGAAGCACAUAUACAAGCAGUGCACCACUUUGACAGUUUUCUCCAGCUUCUCUCAACACAGCCUCACAGCUCUGGCUCACAGUCGCUCCUGCUCCAAACAGACAUCCUGUGCCUCUGUGAAGCUUAGCCGUCUGUCACCAACUACUCCGUCUGCCUAAACUUAAUGACUAUAUUCUGUCAGUUUCAAGAGAGAGGAACUUUUCCCCCGCCAAAUCAGCUACCAAAUUCCAGCAUCUUCUGCCUUAUUUUUUCGUCCAAGCAUCUCUUCAGAUCCGAUCAAAGCGCUGUCUGAGGCUGUAAGCUCACUGAUCUUUUUAAACAAUUGGCCAGGAGGAAACACACAAUCAUGUUUCCACAUUUUAAAAGGAAUUCAAUUAUUGCUGUGAUUUCAGUGGGUAUUUAUAAGCAUUAAUAUAAUCCUUAAUUUUUUUUUAUUUAUAUCUAUCAUGAGAUUGGUUUCUUGCUGGCUGUUUUCUGAUAAAUAUCUGAACAAACAUAAUAAAGUGCACUGGAAUCUGUCUGGAAAAAAAAAAGGUUUUCCGAUUGUUUUUAAUGAUUAAACUGAAAUGACUGCUUUGAUCAACCAUAAAAAUCAUUAUGACUGACCUUUGAGGGCUAUAAUACAGUUUAUGAUGAUAGAAAGACUGAUCCUCAGACCUCUUGGUACCGGACCUUAAAAGAGAAGGGCUCUAUGUCGGGGACCAGAAUGGGCAAGGCUAGAUGCUAAAUUAAGCUUGUAGACUGUCAGCAGUCUCCACACUAGAUCUGGUUACAUGUACAGUAUAGUUAACGGGCUAGAAUAGAUACAAUAACCAUGUCCUUACAGACUUAGAUUUGAUAUGAUCAAAUCUAUAAUUAGUGAGCCAAUCACUGGGGACAGUCACCUGCGGCUUUUCAAAAACCUAAUAAAUUACAGAUGGCAUGUACUUGAUUAAAUACAGAAUUUACCGACAUUAUUCAGGCUGGAUGUUUCACACACAUUUAAUUAUUACUAAUUAUUAACAUUGAGUGUAAACACCUAAUAUGCCAGAUGACCUUUUCUGUGCCAAAAGAGGUUAUUUUUGAUAUGUUAUCUAUGAGCGUAUGGAUUGAUGUAACAAGAACAAACUAUUGCCACACUUAGAGAAUGAAUUCUGACAUAUUUUCAGUUAAAUGGCACUCUCUUGUGGUUGAACUUUUACAUUAGUCAAGUUAUUCAUUUUGUAUCUUGAUGACGUGCCUUCUUUCCUGCAACAAAAUUUGAUAAUUUAAUCCAUUGUUUUACACUAAUGUAUCCACUUUUUGUGAUAUUUAGUGCAUUUUAUUGGACAUUAAACUUGUUAAAAAACCAUGAAACACAAAAUAAUGUAUCAGUAUCCAACAAAGAGCCAACCAUGACAGUGAGGAAUAAAACAAGGUGUAUUCACUCUUUCACUGCA